AUGCCGCCUCCUCGACCGGCCCCGUCGUCGCCGCCGCGCCGCAUCACGAGGGCCUCGCUCGCGCGCUUCAAGUACGGCGCCAGCGACGACGGCUCCAGCGCCAAAGAGAACUCGACGCCGCCCCCGCAUCCCUCCGCCUCCGCUGCUGCGACUACGACCGCGGCUACCCUCUGCGCGGACAUCGAAGAUGUCAUACCGAACGCGAGCGCGACGUCGCGGAAGCGAAAGCGGACCGCCCUGCUCGAAACAACAACGACGACGACGACAACCUCCCAGCCCCCGCGACGGCGCGCCGUCAAGACCGAGAUAAAGGCCGAGCUCGAGACGGACGACGCGGCAAGCGAAACAAAGGCGAAGCAGGCAGCGCUGCUAGCUUCCGAAGCACCCGCAACAGCAGCAGCAAGCGGCGGCGGUGGCAGCAAGAAGCGGCAGCGCAAGCCGGCGCGGAAGACGGUCGACGCGGCGACGGGCGAGACGCGGGUGGAGCCGCCGGCGGACUGGGAGACGGUGUACGCGCUGGUGAAGGCGAUGCGGGGGCCGGGGGGCGUGGCGGCGGACGCGCCGGUGGACACGAUGGGGUGCGAGCGGCUGGCGGAGGCGGGGGCGAGCGAGCGGGACCGGCGGUUCCAGACGCUGGUGGCGCUGAUGCUGUCGUCGCAGACGCGGGACGCGGUGAACGCGGGGGCGAUGCGGCGGCUGCAGGGGGAGCUGGAGGCGGCGCCGGGGGCGCCGCGGCGGGGGCUGACGCUGGCGAACGUGCUGGCGGCGCCGGCGGCGCGGAUCGACGAGCUGAUCCGCGCGGUCGGCUUCCACAACAACAAGGCGCGCUUCCUCAAGCGCGCGGCCGAGGCGCUGCGCGACGACUGGGCCGGCGACGUGCCCGACUCGCUGGCCGGCCUGCUCGCCCUCCCCGGCGUCGGCCCCAAGAUGGCCCACCUCUGCCUCUCCGCCGCCUGGGGCCGCACCGAGGGCGUCGGCGUCGACGUCCACGUCCACCGCCUCACCAACCUCUGGCGCUGGCACCCCCGCGGCCCCACCCCCGGCCCCGAGGCCACCCGCCGCGCCCUCGAGGCCUGGCUCCCCCGCGACCGCUGGCGCGAGAUCAACGCCCUCCUCGUCGGCUUCGGCCAGACCGUCUGCGCCCCCGUCGCGUCCGCCCGCCGCUGCGGCGACUGCGAGCUCGGCCUGCGCGGCCUGUGCCCCGCCGCGGACCGCAAGAAGGUCGCCGAGGGGCGGCGGCGCCGGGAGCGGGAGGCUGCCUGCGGCGACGGUGGUAGUAGCGGCGGCGCUGCUGUAAAGACCGAGGACGGGGAGUAG